AUGGCCAGGGCUCUUGAACUGUCAUGGACCCUUGAAAUCUCACAUCUCGGGCGUCUGGCGCGGACUAGUCGGUACGCUCGGUGGCUUCGGUACCAAGCGGACCCCAGCUCGAUGAGCAGUUCAGCUCAGCUGUGCAGAGGCCUUCACCCAUGGACGGCCAGUUGGAGAGGGCCAGCGCGGCCAGCGCGGCCAAUGGGCAUGGAGAGAAUGCGAGAGCGGGUCGAGUACGCAAUGCGCACUACUGUCAUUUCGUACAUGGAAAAAGCGGAAAUCCAUUUCGCUCUCCUCCGUGCGCACCGUUCCGUUGAUCGCGCCGCCACACUCGCCUGCGGUUCCUGGGGUCUGGAUUGA